CUUAAAGCGCUUGAUGUGGUGACGUUGCAACGGCUCGCAGAACGGGUAAAUGUUAUACCCGUGAUCGCAAAAGCGGAUACCACCUGCAAAGAUGAACUUAUACGAUUCAAAAGUAAAGUAAGCCCUCAAAAUUCCUCGCGACUUCUAAUCCCAUUUUUUUUUCUUGACAUUUUUAAGCAUAUACAAUCCAAUUCCGUCAGUUUGCUCCCUAGCAGCCCUCGAACGAGGGACCAUCGACAGCCUUGA